AUGACUCCUUUUGGUUCUUUUGGUGUGCUAUCACUGUAUGUGGGCACCCUGCUGUCCUUAGAUGCAUCCCCGGCCUGCACACACCCUCCCUGCAGGGACAGUCUGGUGGCUGCACCCAUGCCCCCUGGGACGGGGGCAGGAGUGGGCAGUGGGGCCUGUGAGGGUCAGACUGGGACAGCAGGCUGUCGCAUGGGGGUUGCACUUCCAGCCAUCUCAGACGCUCCACGGCGGUCGGAGCACAGGCACGAGUCCCCCCAGGUUCAGCCUAAGACUGGAGGUGUCAAAGAGCGUCUCGUUCAGCUGCAGCGCUGCAUGCACUCUCUCCAGGAAACAGGAGGGGCCUGGAGCCACGGGGGCCAGGAGAGCAACUCUCUGGGAGCCAUUCUGGCUCUAAUGGCAGCUGUGCUGACAGAGUGUGACCUCCACUGUCACAGCCAGGCCCUUGGGGUGAUGGCCAAACGACUAGAAAGUGCAGCAGUGGGGAGAGAGGGGGAGAAAGACCUGCUGCUGUUCCUGAAGAGCAUCACACAACACACACCGACAGUUUCCCCUUUGGAGAGGUUACAUCCUCAGGACUGUGCAGAGAUUUACAGGCUCGGCAUCAAGGAAAGUGGAAUCUACACCAUUCAGCCUGACCUGCACAGGCCGGCACUUGAGGCUAAAUGUGACAUGGAGACGGCGGGCGGUGGUUGGACGGUGAUCCAGAAUCGGCGGGACGGUUCGCUGAACUUCAACAGGACAUGGCAGGAAUACCGCGAGGGCUUUGGGAGUCCGCAGGGAGAGCACUGGCUGGGGAACGCAGCGCUGACCGCCCUCACCGCCGUCGGCCAACACCAGCUCCGGAUUGAGCUGGAGGACUGGCACCAACAGAAACGUCAAGCUACCUACAACAAUUUCAAAGUGGCCUCAGAGGCACAGAGGUAUCGUCUGACAGCUCGUGAAUACUCUGGAGAUGCAGGCAACGCCUUGAGUUACAGCAAACGCUACAACCACGACGGCAGAUCCUUCAGCACCGCUGACCGGGAUCAUGACCGCUACGCAACAGGAAACUGUGGUCAGUACUACGGCACAGGCUGGUGGUUCGAUGCCUGCCUGGCGGCCAACCUGAAUGGACGGUACUACCGUGGGCGCUACAGUGGGGUGACCAACGGUAUCUACUGGGGGACGUGGUACAUCCUGACAGACGGACGGACUGGAGAACGUUACUCCUUCAAGAGGGUGGAGAUGAAAACGAGACCUAGGAACUUUGUGGGGAGGUCUUAA